GAGAUCCUCCCAUAGAAUUUGCUCUUUUUCGAAGAAAAUCUCAAAAAAUGUCUGGAUUUGGCGAUAAUUUCGAACAGGGAGAAGUGGACCCUGCCGCGGACUUUUUGGCAAGAGAACAGAACGAACUGGCUGGGCUGGAAGACGAAGUGAAACCUGCGGCUGUCACUGUUUCUAUGGCCAUGGCCAAUGGAGACGAUCCCACUAAUUCUGCAGGCAGUUUUGAAAUGGUUGAUAAUUUUGAACAGGAAGGCAUUGAAAUUAAAAAAGAAAUCUUUGAUCAGGAAAAAGAGUUUGUUGAUGAAAACCCAUCGGUUUUUGAAUAUGAUUCUUUGGCUGAACAGUCUAAGCUAAGUCGUUACGAUGUUACUGAACCAGUUGACUUUGGUUCUGGAAUAUCUCCUCCAGUGUCCUUGCAUCAGGCUAGAGAGGAACCAGAGAAGAUAAAAAUAUGGAGAGAGGAGCAAGUUAAGAGGCUAGAAGAGAAAGAUAAGCAAGAAGAAAAGAAAAAGGCAGAAUUGAGAGAGCAAGCGAAAAAGGAAUUGGCCGAUUGGUACAGAAACCACGAGGAAACUAUUGCAAAAACUAAAGCUGCUAAUAGAAAUGCAGAGAAACAAUUUGUUGCCGAAGACGACGAAAUUGAGCCAGGUACUGAAUGGGAAAGGAUUGCUAAAUUGUGCGACUUUAAUUCCAAGGCCAAGCCUGGCAGCAAGGACUUGUCCCGGAUGCGUUCCAUGAUUCUUCAAAUGAAACAGAACCCAGUGCAAAUUAAAAAUAAGGCUUAGACCAAACGAUCGAGAGUACAUACCUAUAUAUUUAUGAAUUAUUAUUGUUGCAUUAGUAUUGUUUAAUAUUUUUUUGGGAUUUCCAAAAAAUUGAGCCCAACAUAAAUAUUUCAUUAGAAGUGAAGUAACAUACACUAUCGGACAAAAGUAAAGCAACACUUAUGAAAAUAUCAAAUGUUUAAUCUUCAAAAAUAAAAUAAGCAUUAGCGAAGAUUAAAAUCGUUUCAGUUCGAAAUGUCAUAGUUUGCUUCAGGCUGACAGGCUAAAUAUAAUUGUUUUCAAAUGUCAAAUUAACUUGUAUGCAAUAAUUUAUUCAAACAAUACACUUUAUUAGCGCGAAAAAAGUAGAGCCACUUUAAAGAAAUCAGCAUUUUAUUGCAUUUAACAACACAGAAACAACAACUAUAGUUAAAAGCUUAAUAAAAUAGACAAUAAUGUUUUUCAGGCCUUCUUGAUCUUGGCAUUUUUCAACGUACACGUUCAUUGAAACGUGAAAUUAUUAGAUAAGUACACCGUAUUUUGGUGAAUAUUUUAUUUUAUAAUAAGUGAUGCUCUACUUUUGUCCGAUAGUGUACUUAGUCAGUUUCCAUUUAUUGUUAUAUUAUUAUUGUAUGUACUAUUGAACAGAAUUAAUACUUUUUUUAUCGUAACCUACCUAUAAUAUUAACUAUUGUUAUUAUUUUUAGCCGUAAUUAAAAUAUGUGCAAGAAUAAAUGAAUUAUUUUACUUUCAAAAU